UUGGUGCAUGUUAAACUGAAGGCGUUGAUGAUUCACAGCGACCUGUCCGGUCGCCUCUCAAUUCGGUGGGAGGGUCUGCAGAGACCGCCCGAUCGAUGAACUAAAUAAGGAGACAGUCGGGGCUGUUCUUGCUUAAUGGCCAGCGGUGCUAUCGCCACUAGGCUGCCCACAACCGUUCUUUCACCGAAGUGAUUCAGCGUCCUCAACCGUUCUUACUCACCGAGGAAUCCUGCCACAAGGUCUCUGCAUAUUUUCUGGCUAUUGUUCUUAUGAAUUGAAGGAGAAAUGAAGCACGUGGCAUUUUGGAUUGCCUUCCUUUGGGUGACGAUUCUGAUUCACAUAAUCUGCGGGAAGUUUGUUAAUAAACGAGCAGAUGCCUUAUGUCCAACCAUUCAGUUGGAGGGUCUGCAAUUCAACCAAUCACAACAUCAGCAUGUUGAAACUUCAGGGUUCGAUUUAGUACAGAGCUUUUCAUUGACCCUCUCAACAUCAAGAAGCAAAGCUUCGCAAGCUCCUCCAUUUAUCCGAAUGGGAAGAAAACUGUUAGUCAGUCCCACACAGCAGAUUUUUCCAAGAGGAUUGCCAGCAAAAUUUACUUUUGUCACCAUAUUUCGCCUGAAAAGAGCCACAAGGAAGGAACAUUGGCACCUUUGGCAGAUUACUGACCAAUCUGGUGGUGUACAGGUGUCUAUUUCUAUCAAUGGGAGCAGAAAGCUGGUGGAAUUCAGUGCCAUUGGGAGUUCUGGAAAUAGGUUGCUUUUGACAUUUAAGAAGCGGGAACUUGGUUCUCUGUUUGACCGUCACUGGCACAAGCUCUCAAUCAAUGUGCAAUCUGGGUCAGUGUCCCUUUACAAAGACUGCAAGCUGGUUGACAGUCGACACAGUGAAGAGAUAGGAAACAUCGAUAUCUAUGGGAAAACUACAAUUGGAGUACGUGUUAGUGAUGGGACACCUGUCGAUUUUGAUCUUCAGCAAAUAAUGGUUUACUGCAAUCCUCAACUGAUAGAACUAGAGACAUGCUGUGGAAUGUCAGGGGGCCAGUGCUCAUCAGAAGAUGGCUUCUCUGAUGCUAAGGUGACAUCAAACAAUCUUCUCAGACAGAGAUCUCCUCAAUCAAAACUGAAAACUGACAGUCAGAAGGGAACGACUUGGGCUGCUCCUAGAAAAGGUGGAAAAGAUGAUCCCAGUCCUUCAGGAGGAAAGGGAGAAAAAGGUGACCUUGGAGAAACUGGACCACGAGGGUUUCCUGGGAGAGAUGGCUUAAAGGGAGACUCUGGUGUUCCUGGUCUGCCUGGUCCAAGAGGAGAAAAAGGAGAUAUGGGUCCUCCAGGUCCACCUGGAUUGUCUAUCAAGGGACUGAAAGGAGAACCAGGGGAGCCUGGCACCUAUGGUUUACCAGGACCACAAGGAGAAAGGGGUCCUGCAGGGCCUCAAGGUUUUCCGGGUUUGGUGGGAAAAGAUGGUCAAAGGGGAAGGCGAGGUAGACAAGGACCUGUUGGAAAACCGGGACCUCCUGGACCCCCUGGGAACCCAGGCGAAAAAGGGGAAACUGGAGCUCAAGGAGAAAAAGGUGACAGAGGAGAUCCAGGCCAUCCUGGCCAAAGUGGGCUGAAAGGAGCAAAGGGAGAACCUGGUAUGUCCGGGCAAGAAGGCCCCAGUGGUGAAAAAGGAGAAAAAGGAACAAAGGGUGAUACUGGAUUGCCAGGACCUCCAGGCCCAUCAGGACUGGGGAUGUCUUCAGAGUACUCUAUGCAGCAAUAUGGAAUGCCUGGUAAAUCUGGAGAAAAAGGAGACAAGGGAGAGCAUGGAGAUCCGGGGCCUAAAGGAAACAAAGGAUUGCAAGGCCACCCUGGUUUGAAGGGUGAAAUGGGAGAACCAGGACUUCCUGGACUUAUUGGAAAGCCAGGUUUGGAGGGUCGACCUGGAUUACCAGGUCCUGUGGGUCCCAAAGGAUUAAAAGGAGAAAUAGGAACAACAGGAGAACCAGGCCAAUCAGGAAUACAGGGUGAAAAGGGUGACAAGGGAGAUUCUGGGGACGGUUUCGGACCGCCUGGAGAGAAAGGAGACAAAGGUGACCCUGGACCUGCAGGAAUAGGAAUACAGGGAAAAGAGGGGCCAGUUGGUCCACCUGGAACACGAGGAUCACGGGGAUCUAAGGGGGAGCGUGGAUUCCCGGGUCUUCAAGGUCCAAAAGGUGAGAAAGGACCACCUGGAGUUGGCCGCCUCGGGCCCCCAGGUCCACGAGGUCCUUCUGGAGAGCCAGGCAUAAGGGGUCCACGAGGUUUGCCAGGAGCUUUAGGACGGCCAGGUGUUAAUGGUAUUCCUGGGAGCAAUGGAAUGCCAGGCCAACCAGGACCACCUGGGGAGCCAUCUGCACUGCCUCUUAUGGGAGACAUAGGUGCCUUGCUAAAGAAUGCUUGCAGUAGUUGCCUGACCAGCAGCCAUGGAGGCUUCUCAGGAUUACCUGGAAUGAAAGGUGACCGAGGUCUACCUGGGAUUCCCGGAGCUGAUGGGCGUGAUGGCAGACAGGGUGACCCAGGACCAAGGGGGCCACCUGGAAUUCCUGGAUUAGAUGGACAAAAGGGAAACAAAGGCGAACGAGGAUUCCCUGGACUUGUAGGAGAAAAAGGAGACAGAGCACAGCCUGGUGUACCAGGACCUCCAGGACCUCCAGGAUCGCCAGGACCUGUGGGUUUAAAAGGAAGACCAGGACAAACAGGGCCCAUAGGACUUAAAGGAGAAAAGGGCAAUGAAGGGACAGCAGGAAAACCAGGACCACCUGGACCACCUGGACCUCAGAGAAUUGCUACCUAUGAAAGAAAUGGAAUGAGCAGCAUAUACAAGAUACAGGACAUUCCAGGCCCACCUGGACCUACAGGUUCACCAGGUCUGAAAGGAGAUCCUGGUUCAAUGGGAGAAAUGGGCCCAAUGGGAUUGCCAGGAUUAGAAGGUCCACCAGGAAAAAAGGGAGAUCCAGGAAUGCCAGGACCACCAGGUCCCCAAGGACUGACUGGCCCACAGGGGAAACCUGGUCUUCCUGGUCAGCCAGGGCCAAUUGGUGCAACAGGCGAACCAGGAUUGAAAGGGGAUAGAGGACCAUUGGGAGAAACUGGCUUUCCUGGACCAGAAGGACCCCCUGGUGCUCCAGGGAAAACUGGAGGGCGUGGCUUCCCAGGUUCCCAGGGUUCACCAGGGAACAAAGGAGACCGUGGACCCAAGGGUGAACGGGGAGAUCCAGGAAUACUGGGAGAUAGAGGUCCUCAGGGUGAAAGAGGAAGACCAGGUUAUCCAGGACCUCGGGGAGAGAAAGGAAUAAUUGGGCCGUCUGGACCAAUUGGGCCAAUGGGAAAAGAGGGACUUCCAGGACUUCAUGGGCCCCCAGGUAUUCCGGGUGGAAACAUUUCAUUUGAAGAAAUAGCAAGAUUCAUAAGACAGGAGGUCCACAGGGUUUUUGAAGAGAGACUUGCUCACUACAAACUGAAAUCUCCUGCAGCAAUGUUGGCUGCUCAGGCGAAAAUAGGCCUACCAGGGCCACCUGGAAAUGAUGGCCUGCCAGGACUGCCUGGGCCUCGAGGAGCGACUGGGCCACAAGGAGCCAGAGGUUACAGAGGUCAGAAAGGUGAAAGAGGUGAACCUGGAAUCACACUUCCUGGUGUUGUUGGUCCCCGUGGUCCUCCAGGCUUGCCAGGAUUAGGAACAGUAGGUCCUCCUGGUGCACAAGGCAUCACUGGUCCUCCAGGGCAAGAUGGAAAAUGUGAUCCUUCAAACUGUCUCUUUCCUGAAAGCUUACUACAACCACCUCCAAAAGGAUAAAAGAAAGUCCAGCUUUUAGCCAGAUAUAUCUUGUCUGGCAGUUUGGAACUUCUCGAACACGUGUUACAAUCCAGACAAAGCCUCACCAGUACAGGAACCCAAACUCUUUUCUUUGCAAUUUACAAAACUGUAUGGGUAAUUCCUGGUGUGUAGGUCAAAUGCUGAUCAAGGCUCAUUCAGAAUGGAGUCUUUCUGUGUUCCAGUCUGACUACAAAUGUUAUAUUCACAAUUUAAUUGAGAAAGGGUUGUGUCGAGCAUGGAACACAGCACUGCAAUAGUUAUUUGCAUUUACAAAUCUAACUGAUAGAUUUGGUCAGUGAUUCUGUUACUUGUCCUUAAUAUAUUGUCUUGUGGGGGAUCUGUCUGGUAAAAUAUCUCAGCAACUUUCCAUACAAUUCAAUGAAAUACAUAUCAUAUCAAUGGGCAAUGGCUGUUUGUACACAACAUCAAUCCCCCUUGUUCUCAUUCCGUUUACUAUCACUUACUCUCAUAGAAAAUAAAAAAAACCUCGGCACAGGAGACCAUAUGGCCCAUUAUGCCUAUGCUGGCUGUUUGAAUGAGCUAUCGAAUUUAUCCCACUUUCUUCAUGACCUGCCAAGUAUUUCUUUUCAAGUAUUUGCAUUUUGCAUUUUGAACUUUAUUAUUGAUUCUGCUUCUAGCACCUUUAAAAAUCUUAUUUUAUCUGUAGUAUUGACUAUUGAAAAACAUAAAUAACCUUGGACCUAAUGGCUACAGUUCUGCAAUCUUAAUUAACAAAAUGGAGUAAUUAUACAUUAGAGCUAUGAUUGUUUAUUAUCUUAAACUUCUUUUGCUGCUUUUGUCUCUUCAGUUCAAUCAUUACAAGGCGACAUUACAAACCAAACCAUCUCCUGAAUUACUUUUCCAUGGGUUACAUUUUUUAAUCACUUAUUUCUGUGAAGCAAACAAUUUGUACUUCACAAGUUGUUAUUGCUUUUGCAGUGCAUGUUACACAAUGAUCCAUGCAACUGACUGCUGGUCAGGUAAAUUGCAUCACAAUUUAGUAGCUCCCUCUCAUGAUGUUGGAUUCGAGGAGUCUGAAAAAUGUUUGAUAAUGAAACUGUGUGAUAAUGUAUGCUUUUCCCCUCAACACUUUAAUAGUAUGUACUUUAAGCAACAAAAUGCUUUAUUUAAACAGAAAAGAAAACCUUAAGUCCCUGUUUUUGACUGGUAUGCUGGCUUAACAUUGUUGUUGAUUACUUUCCACACUUGUAAUGCACAAACACUGAGUGGGCCGCUAUUUAGCUGCAAUCUUUAAUUGGAACUGUGUGGAACAAAGACUAUUCCAAAGAGUGCUAUGUGUAUAUUUUGAAUUUUUUUAGUUAACGAUAACAAUAUUUAAUUUGCUUACUGCUUGGAAUCUCCGAUGCCGGCUUUUAAACGUAGAUGUUGAUUUAAUUCAAAUAUGAUUGAAGUUGGUAGAUCUUAUUUUUUAUAAAAUGUAAGAUUGCUAUUAUUUUAUUUUCAUAUUUGUGUGAUAAAUAUUAUUUUCUAAGUGUUGCAUUGAGUUGCUGCAAAUCAUAGAUUGUAUUAUGAUUGUUGCUCCAAAGCUGUUAACUACAGCAGAUAAUUUUCUCCCUUUACAUAUUGGCAUGUUUUUAUAUUACCAGUUUAUCUGAAUGAGAUGUAUAUGCUGUCAUUUCUUAUAUGUUACUGAAAACGAGAACUUCAUCUGCUGCUGUGUGCUGAUGCCAGUUCCUUUGAUCAAAAAUAGAGGAGUUUGUUUAAUAUGAAUUGUUAGCAGAAGUAUCUCCUGUUAAGAGCAUUCCAUUCCUGACCUUGCCUCCAGCAGUAUUUGGACACUUAAAACAAUGCACAAUUGGCCAGACAGGAGCUGAAACAUGAAUUCAUUCUUCAGUACGAAUGUACCAUGGUUGGAAAAUCUCUUUCUGAUCUGACCUGUCUUCAUGAUCCCUUAGAGAUGCAGUGAUAGACUUUUUACCUUCAACAAGAUAUUUGUACAUGAUGACAUUAUACUUAUGUUAGCUCCAAUAGCAUAAGAAUUACGCAUGAACAAUGUAGUAUUGAAAGAUUUGAAAAAUAUUUAUUAUAUCUCCUGAUAUCUGCAUAUAUUACAAUUACAGAUUUACAGUUACAGCCCUGUCUGGGUUAAUUGUGAGUAAUUCAAUUACAAACAUCUGCAAGCUUCCCUCAACAUAUUGCGCAUUAGUUGUUCGACAUAAUACACCUUAAGAUUAAUAAACAUGUUAACUACUUUUACAGAGUGACAUUGUAAUGUUGUACAAUGGUCUGAGCAUCAGACAUUAGGCAGGUCUUUCCAAAAACUACCACAGUCAUGAUGGGCUGUGUAGCAUCCUUCUGCCCUGUAUGAUAGUACAAUCAGAAAACAUAACCUGGUUUUCUCAGCAGGAAUGGAAGGAAAAGUAAUUGAAUGUAAAUAUAAAUUUUUUGUCAUUUUUAGCUCUGACUUCCAACAUUAAUAUUAUCUUUUUGACAUUUUCUUCAGCUUUGGUAAAGUUCAUAAUGUUCAAAAGUUUAAACAAUUUGGUAUCAGCCAAAUUUAAUAUUCACGAGAUUGAUUUAAUCCUUGCCCUUCUUUUUCCCUCCUUGUUCCGGAACUGAUGCUGCCUGGAUUUAUAGUAUUGUUUUAAACCUGCACCAAGUUGCUUUCAAAGGGUGUUGUCAUGAAUGUCUGCUCAUGGGAUUACUUGAGACCAACAGAAAAUGCUGUUAUUUUGAAUUGUCCUGGAAUCAUAAUGACAGUGUAAUUGCUGUAAAACAUUAAUUUCAGAAUUAAGGCUGGUGAAUGCUCUUGUAAAAGAAUGCAGAAACACUUGUGAAUAUUUACUGUUAUUGUUGCUAAGUUUUUUUUCUGCAGUCAUUAAUGUGACUACAUCUCUGUCAUUGCUUAUGAAAGCAUAUUGUAUUGUGAAGACAGACACUUAAAUAACAAUUUUGUUAAAUUGAUGGAUUUAUGUUUCCUUUCACAGAACAAAUCCAGAUCUAUAUGUUGUUUAAUUGCAUGAUCACAAUGAAGAAAAAAAUGUUUAAGACUUCAAUCUACAGUUGAUGGGUGAAAGUGAUGAUACCAGCUGGAUUUAUCACUCAGUACCCUGUACACAGUGUCCUACCUCACUUGAGGGCUAGUGUUGAUAUGAAUUUGCAAAAUACAUUAUUUUAUUGUGGCAUUAAUUCAUUUUCUUAUUAUAAUGAAUGUAGUUUUCUUCAGUCUUACAUGAAAUGAUCUUAAUUUCCAUAUUAUUGGCUUAUUCAGUGACAGUUCACAUUAUUUAGAGAAGGUUCCUUUUUAUUUGUUUGAUUCCUUUUUGAUUGUCUCCAUUCUCCAGAGGAGUUGAGGUCUAGAACCUUAACUGUUUCAGAUGUUGUAUCUUGUCCAGGAGUUGUACCUCAUGGUUCAGUGAUGAUGCUGCUCAGGAGGAAGGAUAGCCAAGCUUUACUCCAUCCUCACUCUCUUCCUCCCAUGCAGCAAGGGGCAUGUUCCAUCAAGAACAUGCUUGAGGAAUCCAGAUUGAUUUUGCUCCAUUUCAGCGAUGGGGAAAGGAAACCGGUGAUACAGCUCCAACAUGCCACCCUGGGUAAGACCAGUCAACUCAGUCAUUGACCAGGGAUCAAACUGUCUCCAGCUUCACUUUUCACUGGCUCAAGUAAUCAGAUAGGAGGACAGAGAAGUAUUAUAUUUCAGUUUGAAUUACAAAUGGAUCGGGAUGUUGGGGCAGCCGGUGUUUUUACUUCUACUGGAGCUUCAUACUGUACAUGUUUAACUUAAAGUGUAAGCAAGUUAUUGAUUCGAUUUCUUUAUAUUAUUCAAUACAAUUUUUUUCUUUGUUAAGUAUAGAUUGUUGGAAGCUUUCAUAACUCCUAUUCCUACCUUCUGAUUUUCAAUGAGUUUUUGAAUCAUGUUAAAUUCUGUACUGUGACCUAAUAAAGUAUGUC